AGAAACUUCCGGAUGUGCUGGUAGUAAACAUAGGCUGUGGAGGCAGGCAGUGAGGGAGGACCGGGAGAUGCACUCGAAAUCCUGAAAUGCCGUGUUUGGAAGAGCUGACCCUGGAGCCGGAGACCGCAGAGUGUCCAGAGAAUGCCGACCACCUUUGCCACCCGUGGGACACCUGCAGGAUAACCUGCACCCACUAGAAUGCCUGGAUGGUUCAAAAAGGCGUGGUAUGGGCUGGCAUCUUUACUCAGCUUUUCCUCCUUUAUCCUGAUCGUUGUUGCCCUGGCCGCGCCCCACUGGCUGAGUGGGAAAAUCCUUUGUCAGACUGGAGUGGACCUGGUCAACGCCACCGACCCAGAGCUGGUCAAGUUCAUUGGGGAUAUUUACUACGGGCUCUUCCAAGGAUGUAAAGUGCGACAGUGCGGGCUCGGGGGCCGCCAGUCCCAAUUCACGAUCUUCCCACACCUGGUGAAGGAACUCAAUGCAGGCCUCCAUGUGACAAUUCUGCUGCUCCUCUUCUUGGCCUUGGCCCUGGCUCUGGUCAGCAUGGGCUUUGCCAUUCUCAACAUGAUCCAGGUUCCAUAUAGGGCAGUCAAUGGCCCUGGGGGCAUCUGCCUAUGGAACGUCCUUGCAGGUGGAGUCGUGGCAUUGGCCAUCACCAGCUUCAUGGCCGCCGUCGAGUUUCACGACCUCACCGAGCGCAUCGCCAACUUCCAGGAGAGGCUCUUCCGCUUCGUGGUGGUGGAGGAACGGUACGAAGAGUCCUUUUGGAUCUGUGUGGCCAGUGCCUCCGCCCACGCUGCGAACUUGGUAGUGGUGGCCAUCAGUCAAAUUCCGCUCCCGGAGAUUAAGACCAAAAUCGAAGAGGCCACGGUCACGGCUGAGGAUAUCCUGUAUUGAUCGUCCCCUGUGGCUCACACCUUUUCCUGAGUCAGUUCUGCAGUGGGACCCCGCACCACAUUUUGCGCGCAGGCUUUGCAGUCCAGAGCGCCCCUGUUUUGGAAGUUAAGAAGGAGAAAGUGGAGAGAGGCAGGGCGGUGCCUGGACCAGAAAAGAAAGCUUUCCCAUACUCCCGGCAUCUCUGCCCUUCCCUCUCACUGACCUUGGAGUUAGAGACUCUGCUACUUGCCAGCUGUGUGGACACUGGACAAUUCACUUAAUUCCUGCUUCUCACUUUCCUCAUCUGUAAAAUGGAGGUAAUAAGACCUCGCAAGGUUGUGAUGAGGUUUAAAUGGGCAAUAUGUUGCCAACCUUUGAAUCAAUAUAUGUAUCUGGGAUUAGAGUCUUCUACAGAUAUAAGGUAAUGAACACUCCAAUAAAUGUCUAUAGACCCCUGUUCUGUUCCACAAAAUAUGAGGGGUGGAAGUAAAGAGGCAUAUGGUAACACCCCUGCCCUCCAGAAACAUUUAAUCCUUCCACAUGACAGGCAUCAGAUAGCAACAAUAACACUAAGAAUGAAAAAUAAUUUCUUCUCUCUUUUUUUUUUUUUUAAUGGUUACUAUAUACUGGACACUGAUCUAAGAGUCCUAUAUAUAUGGGGUCUUCACUAUAAAUUCAGAUUGUUGGUACUUUAUUUCCACCUUAUAGAUAAGAAACUAAUGUAUCCAGGGAUCAGUUAACUUGCUGAGGUCCAGAAUUCAGUUGAGGAAGUCUAAAACCAAUCUGUAUACUUGCAACCACUUUGCUAAUCGGCUGUUGGAUGGAUGUUCAAGCAGGUGGAAUGCAAUGUGAUAAAUGUUAUGACAGUAGGUGCAUGAAGGACUGAGGGAAGGAAUUCAUUCUCCUGCAUGGGAUGUGGUACUAAAGGAAGUAUCACAGAGCUGACAUUUGAUCGGAACUUCGAAAGAUGAGUAGAGUUUUUCCAGUGGGGAAGGAAGCAGGUUUGGAGAAGGGCAUUUCGGGAUGAGUCAGCAAUGGGGGGGGGGGGGGGGGAGGACAAGCGAUGGAAUUACACAGCGGGCCUAGAGACAUGCGAACACCCAGACUGAUUAGAAUGUUGUUCUAAUUCACCAGUUAGAUAAACCCAGUUGCUUUGUGUUGGGUUUCCCUUCAGCAGUACAAUGAUGGUGAAUUAUAUGUGCCAACUCGGCCAGGCCACUGUACCCAGAUAUUUGGUCAAACACUAUUCUAGACGAUUCUGUGAAGGUAUUUUUUGGACAGGAUUAACGUGUCAAUCAGUAGACUUUGAGUAGGAGAGAUAGCCCUCCAAGAUGUGGGUGGGUCUCACCCAAUCUGUUGAAAGCCUUAGGAAAAAGACUGACCUCCCUCAAGGGACUGGGAAUUCUGCCAGCAAGCUGCCAGGGGACUCAAACUGCAGUUCUACUUGGAUUGGAGAUCCAAUCCCAAGCCUGCCACCCCAGCCUGGACUUGCCAGUCUCCACAGUCAUGUGAGCCAAUUUAAAAAAAAAAAAAAAUCUCAUCGCUUCUCGGCCUUUUGGCUAAAUCAAGUGUAAACAAAAAAUUCUCUGGGGCGCCUGGGUGGCUCAUUUGGUUAAGCAUCUGCCUUUGGCUCAGGUCAUGACCCCAGGGUCCUGGGAUCGAGAUCGCCAUGGGGCUCCUCGCUCGGCCUCUGCUCCUCCAACUGCUCAUGCUCUCUCUCUCUCUCUCUCAUAGAUAAAAUAAAAUCUUUUUUAAAAUUUCUCUUUCCCUCUGCCUGUCUCUCUCUCUCAAUUUGCGCACACACACAUACACACACACACAUCCUGUUGAUUCUAUUUGUCUGGAGAAUCCUUGCUCAUACAGGUACAAAACUCCAUUAACUCACUUUCCUACAAUGCCAGCUGAGGUGACUCCUUUGUCAGGUCUCCUGGCUUCAUGCCAAGUAAGUCAUCUCAUUCCCUAAAUUAGCUCCAUCAAAAAUGACACCCGACUUUGCUUAAUGCUAAGCUUCUGGAGGCUUCCAUGGCAUCUCUCUGUUCUAAUUGCUCAUGAUUCCCUGCUGGCCCAUCUGUCCCUUCCAGCCUUCUAUCCCCAUCCCACACACAGAGGCAGUACUGUUUACCAGACUGAUGUCACUCAUCAAAUAUGCAGAUGGCACAGGGCUAGAAGGGGUGGUUAACGUGAUAGGAGAUGGAUCCAAGAGAUAGUGCCAGAGUGCAGUGCUGAGUUGAAAACAAGCAGAAAUAUCCAUGUCCUAUUAAAUUUACCAUAAAGUCCUCCUGACAGUUGAAAAAUAAAUCAUACAGAAGACUGGCAAGUUUAUUUAGAUAACCAUCUGAGUCUUGGUACAUUUAUUCAUUCAGUGAGUACUGAAAUUGAUCUAGGGGCUGGGAGUAGAGAAGAGAACAGACAGACAAAAAUCCCUGUGAUUCACACUGGACUAACAACAUUAGUCCAGCCACAGCCUUCAACGUGAUCACUGCUUCAAGGGUGUGCAGACUGCCGCACACGGGCAGAGGAAAUUCACUUUUGCCUCUAACAGUGGAAUGACCUCAUCAAGACGCUAACCUGGACCAAGAUAGUGGGUUCCAGGGAGUCCAACUGCAGGCUUUUGUGAAUUUUCCUGGAAACUGAGUCCAGAGCUUUCAAGAGCUUCGGAAGCAUCUAUAACACCUUGAAAGUUUUAAACCGUGACCACGAGGUAACACCGAACCUGGUAUAAACACAGCAUCAUGUUCCAUGAGGUCCUAGGGACCCUCCUCCACUCCUCUUAUGAAGUAAGUAAGGUGAUUCAUAGGCUCUUAUUCCCCCUCCUCCAAAUUGCAGACUUGAGUGUUUCCCUGUUGCUAAUGACAGUCUAAAUAGGAAAUAAACUCCUACUUUAAAAAUUAA